AUGUCAACCAGUUUGGCCCGGCCUCCACGGGGCGCCAGACUUCAACAUGGUGCCGCCGUCUCCAACAUGGCGCCGCCGUCUCCAACAUGGCGCCGCCGUCUCCAACAUGGCGCCGCCGUCUCUCACAUGGUGCCGCCGUCUCUCACAUGGCGCCGCCGUCUCUCACAUGGCGCCGCCGUCUCUCACAUGGCGCCGCUGUCUCUCACAUGGCGCUGCUGUGUGGUAUUCCGGCUCUCAUCUGGUAUUCCCGGCACCGGCCACAUGUCUCCUGCCUGUGAUCAGAGGUGA